AUGCACCAGGAUGCCCGCAAACUUUGCUUGAACAUAGACCAACAACAUUUGCAACCAACGCCGACAACCACUCAGCCACUGCUCCAAUGGGACUGGGCCACCGAACAUGCCGACAGGAAACGGGAAUCUAAGGCUGAUGCCGCCUUGCAUGGUGCUUCUCCUUUCGAAGUGGAUAGAAGGGUAUUGAAGGACGUCGUCCGCGAGAAAAUGGGUGUCGAGGUUGGUCGUAUCACCUUUCUUAGUGCGGGAACCUUUCACAAGGCCUACCUUGUCACACUCGUCGAUUACACGGAGCUAGUGGCACGCGUUGCACGUCGGUUCAUGCCCAGACUCAAGACCGAAUCAGAGGUUGCUACAAUGAGCUACCUUCGCGAAAAAACCAGUGUCCCCGUUCCGAAGGUCUAUCACUACGAUUCAAACCCCUACAACCGCCUAGGAGGUGAAAUUAUUCUCAUGUCGAAGGCGCCCGGACUUCCGCUUUCACAAGUUUAUCACGGGCUCCCUUACAGUGACAUUGUGAAGCUCAUGCGAAACCUCGCAGCCAUCGUCAUCCCUCUCUUCGCGCAUCGAUUCUCCGGAAUAGGGUCCAUCUAUUUCGGGCCUGACCCGCGGAUAAUAGUCUCUUCCGACACCCCAACCCCCAAAGCCAGCCAAUAUUGCCCUGCAUAUUCUGCAUUCCCAUUCUCCCCAACGCUAAGCAUGAGCGGGGUGAACGGCCCUGUGCCCAAGACCCCGUCUCUCCAGUCUAUUCAUACUGCAACUCACGUCUUCCACGUGGGCCCAAUUAUAUCCUGGCCUUUCUUCGGCUCCAACCGUGGCGAUCUGACACACCCAGAAGAAUUGAACCGCGGUCCGUGGGCUUCCACCGCGUCUUACUUGGCGUCCUGCGCAGAGCGCGAGAUCCAGGGUGUAAUACGCGAGAAUGAAGGCAGCGCAGCUCCACAUCGGUUACAUCUGGACCCGGAUGAGAUCAGGAGUUCGCGGCAUCACAGGUUAAGGGCGGUACCUGGAGACGAGAGCGAUGAUUCUGAUGAAUGGGAUCUGGAGGAGAGUGAAGAGGAAUGGGAGGGUCCUGGAGAUGCGAUGUAUAGGGAUUAUAGGCGGAUGCAGCGCAGUACUUUUUUGGUGGCUCAUAUGAGUCAGAGGGAGGAUCAGGUUAGGAGGGAGAUGGGGAGGUGGAUGAGGGUUAUGGAGCGUUUGAUGAAACUGGAGGAUGAUCGGCCCAUGGGGGAAGGUAAAGAGGAGUUUGGCUUGGAUUGCCAUGACUUGAGCUUGGAGAAUGUGUUUGUGGAUGCAAAGGAUAACACAUCCAUCACAUGUAUAAUCGACUGGGAAUCAACCACCACCCGCCCACUCUGGGCCUGCGCACACGUACCCGCCUUCCUCCAAUCCAGUCCCUUCCUAAGCAAACUAUUCCGCGAGGCUGUUGCGCGACUCCCCUCCGACCCUGCUUCUGCGAACCUCAAACUCCCACCUGGCUCCAAAGCUGAUUUGACGACUCUGUGCAGGGAGUGGUUGCACCAUGAAUCCGCGGGUGUUCGACUAAGGAUGGCACAUCGGUGUGUGGAGUGGGAUGGGUGGGAGGAGGGAUUAGUGGAGAGUAUAUUGGGGCCGGAAGAGUUUGAGGGUGAGUGGUUCAAGGGAGCUGCUAGUGGGAAGGAGAGCGCGUGUACGGAGGCGGACGCGGAUCGGGAGACAUCAAGAGCGGUGAUUGCGUCUCCGCGUACUGAGAAUCAUCAUCUACAUCAUCACCAUCAUCAUCACCCAGCACAGGCAACGGGAGGAUCCAGCUCAAACUCUUUCUCGCGGACUUCCAAGAUGAACGGGACGACCAAGGGGGCGAAGAGCAACGGCGUAGGCGCGGCUGGGAUGGUGUUAACAAUACCACCCGCACGAGGAGUAGCACGGUUGUCGAGGAAGUUGCCGUUCGUGGAUGAGCAGGAGAAGGAGCAGAUGUUGAAUACGACGGGGGAUAUAUGUGGUGGGCGUGGAGGGGAGCUGGGGAGGCGGUUGGAAGCUUGGUUGACUGUUACGGGGGGUGAGGGUGGAAAGCGGCAGCAAGAGCAUGUUGAGGAGGUGGGAGGGAUCUAG